UGAGAAUCCGUGGAGUUCACAGCAGCGGGCCGGACUGUGUUGUCUCGGCACUCCUCAGAUCUGAAUUCAGUCACGAGAGACAUUUCUGCAAUUCCCGGAUCUCGGAUAUCCAUAUUUAUCUUCUCUGUUUCCUGCUUUCUUUUGAGGCUCUGCUCCGUCAAUCUCCAUUACUGCCUUUGUAUUAGGACAAUUCUCUCGAGAUGGAAAGAAAAGAACCCACUCCUUCAGAAGAUCCGAUACACGGGGCGUCUACCUCAUUGACCUCUCCGCAUAGAGGCGACUCUGGAGGCGGAACGCAAAAACCGAAAGGAAAUGAUCACGACGUGUUCUUGAGCUCGAUAAGCGGGACGUGGAGCACGCUAUUCCAUGAUCUCCGUGAUGGCCUCGUCAUUGCAGGAAUUGACACGUUCUGCACUAAGGACUAUGCGGGUGAGGGGAUUCCCUACAGUCUUCCGCAGUCUAAGAUCUCGAUCCCAAUUUUCGGGCCGUACUUUGUUGACCACGAAUCGGGCCUUCGCGAGCUUGUUCACAUGUGGAAAUGCAAGAGAAGCAGCGGGCAAAUAGUGUUGCCCAUAUUUGAUGGAGUGGGACCCUCGGAAGUGUAACUUCUUGAAGGGAGAUAUGUAGAAGAUUUCUCCACACAUGAAGGUCGGGUGGACGAAAUGGAACUAGGGGAAUGGAGAAAAGCGCUCGCCGAAGUCGGUUCCUUGAGAGGAUGGGAAGCAGAGAAAUUUGCCUAUGGGAAGAAAGAAGCAUUGGUUGAACUAGUUGUCGCACGAGUUGUGAGCUUGUUGAAAACAACUUUUAAGCUUCCCACAGAGUUGGUUGGAAUUGAUGAUCACGUGAAAUAUAUUAUGAGCUCAAUAGAUCCUAAAUAUAAUGAUACAAGAAUUAUCGAAAUCCGUGGAGUGUGUGGGAGCGGUAAGACAACUCUUGCUAAGGUCCUGUGGAACAAUCUCUCUGGUGAUUUCGAACAUCUUAGCUUUGUACGAAAUAUUCGAGAAGUAUCACUACGCAUGGGUAUAGAGUACUUACAAGAUGAGCUCAUUUGUGAUAUACUAAGAAGUCCACAUACAUUGUCUAAUGUCGAUGAGGGAAUCAACAUCAUUAAGUCUCAAUUUACAAGUAAGAAAGUCCUCAUUAUUCUUGAUUUUAUGGAUGAUGAUAUUCACUUAAAUGCCUUGGUCGGAGAUGGUAGUUGGUUAAAAGUAGGGAGUAUAAUCAUAAUAACUACUAGAAACGUGAGUAUUCUUGAUAAGGCCAAUGCAGACCCCAAGCAUGAACUCAACGAGUUGACUCGGUAUCAAGCAUUGACCUUAUUUAGUAGACAUUUAUUUGGAAAGGAUUCUCCUCCCGAGGCUGAUGAGUAUAUAUCUAUGGAUGCUGUAUCAAAUGUAAAGAGAAUUCCCCUAAUUCUUGAACUUAUAGGUUCAUCCUUCCGCCAAAAGAGAAAAGAAGUAUGGAAAGAUACAUUUAAGAAAUUAAAGGACGAUGUGUGCAAUAAGAACAUGCAAGAGCUGCUGGAUAUAACUUACGAAACUUUAGAUUAUGAGCAACAACAGAUAUUUUUGGAUAUUGCAUGUUUUUUUAUUGAAUCAUCUAAACAAUAUCCGACUUAUAUGUGGGAUACCUGUGGUUUUUACCAAAGAAGGGGAUUGAAGUAUUGAGAGAUAUUUCCCUAAUUGAAAAUGACAAAGACGACAAGCUAAUAAUGCGUGAUCAACUGAGAGAUUUUGCAAGGGAAAUUGUUCGUCUGGAACAUCAAAAGGAGCUUCAGCAGCACAGUAGGUUAUGGAUUUGUGAGGAAGCCCAACAUGUGCUUGACAACAAUAAGGUAAUUGCUCAUCGGUCCUUGAUCUCCUUAAAUACUCCUUCACUUUCAAAUUAGCCGUUAGAUAGUAUCUUAGAGGAUCAUCUUCCAAUCUACCCAUUUGACAAAUCUGUAUCUAGAAGAUUGGUAGCCAUUGAGUGAUAGAAGUAGAAUCCCAAAUUAAUUCCGAUCGCCCAUACAAACAGAAUCUUGGUUUUCAUA